AUGGCUUUCUUGAUCAAGAGCAUGAUUGGGAACCCCCUGUCAGGGAUCGGGCUCGGUGGUGGAGGUGACAAGGAAGAGGAGGCCGCCCCCACAGAUCCAGCCAAAGCAGCAGGGAUGACACGCGAGGAGUAUGAAGAGUACCAAAAACAGGUGGUGGAGGAGAAGAUGGAGAGAGAUGCAGAUUUCUUACACAAGAAGGCGGAAAGAGCAACAUUGAGGGUUUGCCUCAGAGAAAAGUACCGGCUGCCAAAGAGCGAGCAGGACGACAACAUGAUCGAGAUCGCCGGGGACGACGUGGACGUGCCCGAGGACCUGCUCAAGAUGGUGGACGAGGACGCCACGGAGGAGGAGGGCAAGGACUCCAUCAUGGGCCAGUUUCAAAACUUGCAGAACAUGGACAUGGACCAGCUGAAGGAGAAGGCCUCGGCCACCGUCACCGAGCUGAAGAGCAAAGCGGAGGAGAAGUGCUCCGUCAUGUGAACAGUCGGAGAGGGCCGUCUGUGUUUGAGUGAUGAAGAGGAGGAAGAGAUGAAUGCGAGAAAAUGUAUGUUAACGCUCUCUGGGAAUCUGGAGACUGAGCUGUGUGAACAGGUCUGGGAUUCGGCCCACAAAGGCAGAUGAUCUCUCUGUAAUAUGAAACGGUGU